AAGAGGUGGCAGAGUGUGAGCGAGCGUCCGUCCGAAUCCAAAAAAAAAAAAAAAAACACACUUGGGUUUAACAGUGUGAACGGGAGGCUGAGCCCAGAGGAGCACAGUGAAGGAGGAGGAGGGUGAGGAAGAGUCAAAGAGAGGAGACAGAGGAGAGGAGAGAGAGAGGGAGAGAGACAUCCGAGCGUGGAACAGGUUCCUUCUGCAGCCCUCGCACUCAGUCUCAGCAGACAUGCCUAACUUUGCCGGCACCUGGAAGAUGAAGAAGAGUGAGAAUUUUGAUGAACUUCUCAAAGCCCUGGGAGUGAACGCCAUGCUGAGGAAGGUGGCUGUGGCGGCGGCCUCCAACCCCCACGUGGAGAUCCGUCAGGACGGCGAGCAGUUCUACAUCAAAACGUCCACAAGUGUGCGCACCACCGAGAUCAACUUCCACAUCGGUGAGGAGUUCGAUGAGGAGACGGUGGACGGACGAAAGUGCAAGAGCCUCGCCACCUGGGAGACUGAGAACAAGAUUCACUGUCAGCAGACCCUGGUGAAUGGCGACGGCCCCAAAACCUACUGGACCCGAGAGCUGAACGGAGAUGAGCUCACACUGACUUUCGGGGCCGAUGACGUUGUGUGCACGCGGAUUUAUGUGCGGGAGUGAAACCUUUCAACCUUCAUCGGGACGAGGCGGGAAUCCAGCUGGGCCGCCGCUCGUCUGAACCCAACAACAUUCUGCCACGCUAACGCAUUUGCAAAGUGUCACGUGUAAUCUCUCUGCAUCUAUCUGCGUAGUCUCCAGAAACCACAUAUAUAGCACUGUGUCUGUAACCUGGUUCUUUCUAGUGAGUAUUGUGUCUGCAGUUCAGUAGCUUGAUAUCUCAGUGUCUAUGUCUGCAACCCUGGUGUCAGCUGUUUACACAGCACUUAGUCAUUGUUUGCAUCAAUCAAGUGUUCAUGUUUGACGAGAGGAAAAAAUAAAAAACUGAAACCA